AUGCAAUUCACUACCAUUAUCAUUUCCUCCAUCCUCGCUCUUGCUACCAACGUCGACGCUUGGUCCCUGGAUGACCAUACUCAAGUCUGGACUGCAAACAACAACUACACGACCAUCCGAGGCUCCGUUGUCCACGAAGCUUGCACCGAGAUGAACACGCAGAAUAUACAUCCCGGCGGAGCGGAUUGCGCUUACUGGACUAAUGGUGUAGGGGGAAUUUUGAAUGGAAAGUGCAGCUAUCAAGGAAACUCGGUUCUUUGCAUCAGUGGUUGUUAGAGGACGGGAGCAGAUGCGCUGUCGGUGAUAGACUUGUGAUCAGGGUUUGCGGGGCUUUUCGCCCUUUAGAUGUUUCGUUCUCUUCGGUUCCGUGUCUGUUUUUGUAGAUCUCAUUUCGGUAUAUAGUUCAAUAGAAUAGAGUGGCCACUCG